UAGCUACUCUGCGAAAAAAAAACCCUGGUAAACACUUCUCUCCAGCAUGUCUUCUAGCAGCUGAGUUGAACGAUGUCCUCUCCUUUUGCCCGGUAGGUUACUUUGUGUUCAUGCAGCAGCUUUCCCCCUCCACCCAGCAUGGACGAAAACACUUUAAAACAGCUGGUGAAGCUCACUCAGGAGGGACAGCUGAGCUCUCUGGAGAAACGGAUAACACUAGGCGGCUCGGCGGCGGUUCAAACUGUGAGCAGCAAACACUUCGGUCGGUCAGGAGACACCCUGCUGCACUACGCUGCCAGACACGGACACCUGGACAUUGUGGAGUAUCUAAUAAAGCGGGUAGGCAUGGAUGUGGAGAUAUACAAUAACGACUACAAGAGGCCGCUGCACGAAGCUGCGUCCAUGAGCCACCAGGCUUGUGUUAGCUACCUGCUCCAGGAAAGAGCCAAGGUGGACAGUCUGAAGAAGGCUGACUGGACUCCCCUGAUGAUGGCCUGCACUCGGAGAAACCUCAGCGUGAUCCAGGAGCUGCUGCGCCAUGGCGCUGACCCUGCACUGAGAAACAAGGACGGCUGGAACUCCUUCCACAUUGCCUGCAGGGAGGGCGAUCCUCUGGUCAUACAGCACCUGCUUCUGGUCACGCCGGACGUCUGGAGGACGGAGAGCAAGACGCGCAGGACACCACUGCACACUGCAGCAAUGCACGGCUGUGAGGAGACUGUUAGGAUCUUGCUGGAGAGAUGUGGCUACACCCCAGACAGCACAGACAGCUGUGGAGUCACACCUUUCAUGGAUGCCGUCAGGAACGGACACAUUUCUGUGGCCAGGUUGCUUUUAGAGAAGCACCAGGCGUCUCCAACAGCAGCUGACUCACUCGGGGCUCAGCCGGUGCACCAGGUUGCUGUCACCGGCCAGGAGGAGGCGCUGUGGUUCCUGGUGCGGGACCUAAAUGUAGACGUGAACGAGAGGGCGACUGACAUCCAGCUCACUGCCCUGCAUUACGCUGCAAAGGAGGGCCACACAUCCACCAUAAAAACCCUGCUGGAGCUGGGGGCAGAUCUUUAUGUCCGGGACAAAAAGGGAAGAACUGCUCUUCACAUGGCCUCCAUUGGGCAGCACGCAGAUGUGGCCAGGACGCUCCUGCAGCUCGGACUCAAAGACUCAGAGGACGCGUCUGGCACAACAGCACGACAGCUUGCCAAGAAACCAGACAUAGUGCGAGUGUUUGAAUGUGGCUUACCAGACACAUAAACGACACCAGAGCGAUACGUAACACAGAUUUGCAAUUGGCUCUGUAAAAUUAAUUUAAGUAACCUGAAACAUUUUAUGUGAUUGCAGUCAAUCAGUUUAGAUUGUGUGGAUUACAAUAAAUGUGAACUUGUCCUGUGUAGUGUA